AUGGCAGAAGAAGUACCCCCUCAGCCAACUCCCUUAUUUGUCUACGGAACGCUUUGUGCAAAAGAGCUACUUGCUUGGGCAAUCACGGGGGAUUCAUCCAGCGUUAAUUAUGUCGACAGCCUGAUCCGCCCUGCUAGGGUCUAUGGAUUCGCUCGAUACAGAUUACAAGGCCGCGAUUACCCAGCCGCUACCAUUCACAAAGACUCGCACAUUGAUGGCUACCUAAUUACCUUUCAAAACAUGUCACAGCGGAGAAAGCUGGAUGACUUUGAGGGCGAGAUCUAUAAGCCCGUUUCUACAAAGGUACAUAUUUUAGAUCAAGAUGGGAAAGCUUCCGGGGAGGAAUUAUUUGCGGAUAUAUAUCUUUGGGAUGGUCCUGCUGAGAGUCUGACUCAAGAGUCUUGGGAGUUGCAGGUGUUUAUCGAUGAGAGCUUAGAAGACUGGCUGGAUUUAUUUCAAGGGAUGGAGUUGACUGGCGGCGAAUAA